AUGUAGGGAUGCAAUAGAUCAUAAAAAAUAGCCAUCUGUACAGUUGGUUUGCCAGCUAGAGGGAAAACAUAUAUAUCUCGGAAAUUGAAUCGUUAUUUCAAUUGGCUAGGUUACAAGAGUAGAGUAUUCAUAAAUGGUAAUUACAGAAGAGAAAUAUGUGGCACUGAAUGCAAUUCUAAAUUUUUUGAUCCUCAAAACGAAGAAGUAUAAUGAACGACUAGUAAAUUUAGGCUUAAAAAGCAAGGAGUGAUUGUGCAAAAAUGGCAUUACAAGAUUUAAUACAAUUUCUUAAGAAUGGAGGAGAUGUGGGGAUAUUGGAUGGAACAAACAUAACAAGAGAAAGAAGACAUUAGAUUGAAAGUGACUUAAAAUCGUCUUUUAAUGGAAUUCAAACUCUGUGGAUUGAAUCCAUAUGUAAUGAUUCUAAAGUGAUUUAAAAUAAUAUCCGACUGACGAAGAUCAACAAUCCAGAUUAUUGCAACAUGAACUCUGAUGAAGCAACAAUAGAUUUCCUAAAUAGAAUCAAGAUGUACGAGCAAAUCUAUGAAACUAUAACCGACGAUGAGGAUCUCUCAUACAUCAAGACAAUGAACGUCGGAGCAGACGUACUAAACAUGUUUCCAUGCUUAGAUUAUAGUUCAUUAAGUCUAUGGCUUUCUGUUGUCCAAGAUUGUAUCCUUCAUAAUGAAUCUACACACCUAUCCGAGACCAAUCUACUUAUCGAGACAUGGAGAGAGCCAGUACAAUGUUGAUGACAGGGUAUAGGAGGAGAUUCCGAUUUGUCAGAGUUAGGCGAGAUGUACGCAGACAAGUUGGCAGACUUCUUCUUUUAGGAAUUUCCCACAAAGGAAAUUAAAAAUGAGAUCAUAUUCUUGACCUCAA